CUGUUCCUCUCUCCUCCACUUGGCCAACGAGAGUACGCUCCUUCGCCGUCAUCCCCAGCCCCUCCUGCUCUCUAUAUAAGCUAAACCAUCUUCUCUCUUCUUUUCUGUUUUCUACUUCUCGAUCGUUUCCGUCUCUCCCUCCCUCGAAAUUGUCGCCUCUCUGGAAUGGCGGGCGUGGCCAUUGCCUUGCCCCUAGGCUCCUGGAUCGCUGCAGCGGCGUCGGUGUCCUCCGCCACUGCCUGCGACCAGGACCUUCUCGCCAGGCCUUGCCGGAGGAGACUGGCGCCGAUAUCCUCCCCUUCUAUACUCCGACGAUCCAAGAUCCGGUCCAUCUCCACUUCCUUCGACCCCUGCGUAUGCGACUUCCGCUCCUCCGGCGUCGCAGAACUCCGCCGCGAUGGCUGCAGCCCUCUCUUCUUUGGGGUUCUGAAGACCGUGUCCAACCGAACGUGGCGAAGGAUCGCCCACUACCCCGCCGCAUCUGGACAAGCAAUGACAGUUGCCUUGGAACCAACUAUAGAACUUGGCGAGAAGAAAAGUAAGCGUAUGAAACAGAGAAAGGUUGUUGUCACAGGUAUGGGCGUGGUUAGUCCUCUUGGCCAUGAUCCAGACGUCUUCUACAAUAACCUUCUUGAAGGCAUUAGUGGCAUAAGUGAGAUUGAGACGUUUGAUUGCUCUAAUUAUCCCACGAGAAUUGCAGGGGAGAUCAAAUCUUUUUCUGCAGAUGGGUGGGUAGCCCCUAAGUUUUCAAGAAGGAUGGAUAAGUUCAUGCUCUAUUUACUUACCGCAGGGAAAAAGGCACUAGAGGAUGGUGGAGUCACAGAAGAAGUCAUGAGCCAGUUUGAGAAAACAAGAUGCGGUGUGCUGAUUGGGUCUGCAAUGGGUGGAAUGAAAGUUUUUAAUGAUGCAAUCGAGGCUUUGAGAGUUUCAUACAAGAAGAUGAAUCCAUUCUGUGUACCUUUUGCAACUACAAAUAUGGGAUCUGCUAUGCUUGCGAUGGAUCUGGGUUGGAUGGGUCCUAAUUAUUCAAUUUCAACUGCUUGUGCGACUAGCAACUUCUGUAUUCUAAAUGCAGCAAAUCAUAUUAUAAGAGGUGAAGCAGAUGUGAUGCUUUGUGGUGGAUCUGAUUCUGCCAUCAUACCUAUUGGAGUAGGUGGUUUUGUAGCAUGUAGAGCACUUUCUCAAAGAAAUACUGAUCCGACCAAAGCAUCACGCCCAUGGGAUGUUGACCGUGAUGGAUUUGUUAUGGGGGAAGGGGCUGGUGUGCUACUUUUGGAAGAACUAGACCAUGCUAAGCAAAGAAGAGCAAAAAUCUAUGCUGAGUUCUUAGGUGGAAGCUUCACUUGUGAUGCUUACCACAUGACAGAGCCACAUCCUGAAGGUACGGGUAUUGUGCUGUGCAUAGAGAAGGCACUAUCAGAAUCAGGAAUAUCCAGAGAAGAUGUUAACUACAUAAAUGCUCAUGCAACAUCGACACCAGCUGGUGAUUUAAAAGAAUUUGAAGCUCUUAUUCGUUGCUUUGGCAAGAACCCUAAGUUGAGAGUGAACUCAACAAAGUCCAUGACUGGUCACCUGUUGGGUGCUGCUGGUGCAGUGGAAGCAGUUGCUGUUGUACAGGCUAUUCGGACAGGUUGGAUCCAUCCCAAUAUCAAUCUGGAUAAUCCUGAGAAAACUGUGGAUGCAAGUUUGCUAGUGGGUCAAGAAAAGGAGAGAUUAGAUGUGAAGGUAGCACUAUCUAAUUCCUUCGGCUUCGGCGGCCACAACUCAUCCAUCCUGUUCGCACCUUACAAGUAAUCAAACCUUGCCUUAAAACACAUGUUGGCAAAAGGCGAUCAUGCCCCAGUAAAAUGCAAGCACGUUUAUUUAGUUUGUAUAUGCAAAAAUUCUGAAAUUGCUUUGUUCACGCCGCUUGGAGCACUGCUGACAUUUUACUUUGGACUAGCAGUCAAUGUUGUGAUGCUCUGAAUAGGUGAUGAAUUAGUGUCCACUAUGCUGUUCUAAAGAACUUUCCCCUACAGAUCAUGCCCCAGUAAAAUGCAAGCACGUUUAUUUAGUUUGUAUAUGCAAAAAUUCUGAAAUUGCUUUGUUCA